AGAGAGAGAGAAUUGACAAUUUUAUGAAGGACGAGAGAUCAGCAUUCAUCUGUGACAACUCAUCUGUGGUUUCGCUGUUUCAGGUUUUUGUCUGUGACUAUGUCAGUUCUAUGUUUCUUCAUAACGUAUUAUUUUGUUAUUUGAAAGGUGAAUUCUUUCUAUGUGUUGCCUUUUCUGUUGAUUGGAUCGAAUAUUAAAAACCUAUUGGAGCUACGACUAUGAAAUUCAACGGAUAUUUGAGGCUGCGUAUCGGGGAGGCAGUGGAUUUAAAACCAACAACUUUUUCAACUCGCCACACCUUUCAUAAGAAAACUCAACUGGAUCCUUACAUAGUUGUUAAAGUAGAUAAUCUUAAAGUUGGACAAACCGCCACAAAGUCGAAAACCAACAAGCCGACUUUCGAUGAUGAAUUCUGCCCAUACAUCUCGAAUGGCAAAGAGCUGGAACUGGCUGUUUUCAGUAACACCUCUAUAGGAUACGACGAUUUUGUCGCAAAUUACAGAAUCCAGCUUGACGAACUGAUAGUGCCAUCAAACACAAGACAAACUUUUGAAGGAUGGGUGAAUCUGGAACCAGAGGGAAGAGUGUAUGUAUCCAUCUCUCUCACUGGCUCCUUUACAGAUGAUGAAGCUGUGAAUGGAUUGAGACCCCAUAAAAAACUUACAAGAGAGGGGCAAAAAGCUUUAAAGAAAAGAAAGGUCCACCAAGUCUACGGUCAUAAGUUUAUGGCAACCUUCCUUCCCCAGCCUACUUUUUGCUGCCAUUGCAAAAACUUCAUUUGGGGUGUUAUUGGAAAGCAAGGUUAUCAAUGUCAAGUUUGUGCAUGUGUGGUCCAUAAGAGGUGUCAUAACUUGAUUGUAAGUGAGUGUCCACGAAUGAAGAAAGAUUUAAAUGAGGGCCAAAGGCAGGGCUUCAGCGUCAACUUACCCCACCAGUUUAGAGAACACAACUACAAAGUUCCCACAUACUGUAACCACUGCGGAUCUCUCCUGUACGGCCUGAUCAAACAGGGUCUCCAUUGCAAGAUCUGCAAGAUGAACAUCCACAAACGCUGUGAACAAAAUGUUGCACCCAACUGCGGAGUGAACAGUUCAGAACUGGCCAGGAAAUUGUCAGAGAUCGGAGUGCUCAACACACUCUCCAAACGAAAGAGUUCUCCGCACAUGUCAGGAAUAAAGGGUCAGAGCUCCAUUAAAAGCAUGCCAACAUCAUUUGAGGAGCAAGAGGACGACACUGUUAAAGUUGGUCUGGAAGACUUUAGUUUCUUGCAAGUGCUGGGAAAAGGCAGCUUUGGCAAGGUGAUGUUGGCUCGUCUAAAAACUGACCACAGGGUCUUUGCUGUGAAAAUGCUGAAGAAGGAUGUCAUACUGCAAGACGAUGAUGUCGAGGCAACCAUGAUUGAGAAGAGAGUGCUGACUCUGGCCCACCAACAUCCAUUUCUCACACAGCUCUACUACUGCUUUCAGACUGCGGAUCGGUUAUUCUUUGUCAUGGAGUUUGUGAAUGGUGGUGACCUCAUGUUCCACAUCCAGAAGUCCAGGCGUUUUGAUGAGCCACGAGCACAGUUUUAUGCUGCGGAGAUCAUUUUGGCCCUGAAGUUCCUUCACUCCAAAGGCAUCAUUUACAGGGACCUAAAACUGGACAAUAUUCUCCUGGACAGACAUGGCCACUGCAAACUGGCAGAUUUUGGCAUGUGCAAAGAGGAUAUCUUUAAUGGAAAACUUACUAGCACCUUCUGUGGGACUCCAGAUUAUAUUGCACCUGAGAUCAUCCUGGAGGAGAUGUAUGGCGUAUCAGUGGACUGGUGGGCUCUGGGCGUGCUGCUUUAUGAGAUGCUUUCGGGACAUGCUCCAUUUGAAGCGGAGACUGAGGACGAGCUGUUUGAGUGCAUCCUCAAAGAAGAGAUCAUUUAUUCAUCGUGGCUCAGCAACGAGGCCGAGGACAUCCUUAAAGGAUUACUCACCAGAGACCCAGCGUGUCGGUUAGGCUGCAUGGAUAGAGAUGAAGGGGAAGAGGCCAUCACUGCACACCCGUUUUUCACAGGACUGGACUGGGAGAAGCUGAACAGACAAGAGAUCACACCACCGUUCACACCUCGAAUAGAGUCUAUUGAGGAUGUGGCAAAUUUCGACCCUGACUUCACCCAAGAGGAACCCUGUCUUACACCCAUAGAGGACAGCCUUUUCCCUUUCCACCAGGAAAAUUUUAAAGACUUCACUUACACAGCUCCAGAGCUGCGACGGAACCAACAUUAGCCAAAGCUUAUAUUUAGAUGGUAAUUUCCCAUAUCAACUCUCUCUAGCGAACUUGUUGUAAUACACUCUGUUGACAGAUUUGUUGCCUAGACAAAAAUAUGGACACGUUUCAAAAUUUAGAAGAAGGCAAUGCAAUAUGCUCCACACCACCAUCCAGACCAAAGAAUUAUUUGUAAUGACAAUGUCGAGAAGAAAAUUAUGUUUUUCUGAAAUUAAAUUAUGCAUUUUGAAUCUUGCAUGUUAUUUUUAGAAGUGUGAAAAUAACAUGCAGCUUUAUAGGAAGCAUAUGAACAGCAAGUUAUUGCACUGAACACUUAUUGAGUUGUUAUUGAGUCAUUUUAAUGAGUUAAUUUAUGUAUUGUAAAGUAUUGCUAACUAAAGUCUGAGUAAUAAACUUGAAAAUUCCUUUUGUAAAAGAUUGUAAAGAACAAUUUUGGUUUACCUAAACCACACGUAAGACAUAUCACCUGUCCAGUAUUGAAUAAUGAAUCAGGGGAUCUUUGGCUUGGGAUAGAAACGUGAAAUUUUCAUGAGAAAAACAAAAAAAA